CAUCCACACGGUUCCAUCCAGAUAGUUUGUGGGGAACUAAGAAAUCUGUGCAGCUAGCUAACGUCGGCCAGCUGCUGCCAGCCACGGUUGGAAAAGACCAAAACUCUCGGCUAAAGCCUCACGGAGCUUAUAGCUAAUUCCUUACUUAAAAAAAUAGUAAAAAGGAGUAAACUCUUAACAAAUUACCUCCCGCAGCUGUUUUAUGACAUUUUCGGACUGCCAUGCUCUCUUCUAUAUAGCUGCUCUUAGGGGGUCAGGAUGGCUGCAGAUGUUGAUAAAAUAACCCACGGGAACGAGAGCAACAUUAGGCAGGAUGGACCCCGGACCCCGGACUGUGGAUCCUGGUUCUACAGAGGAAUUUGGGCCCUGCUGGGGCUGUGUUCCGUACCGCUUCUCGCUUUUGGGAUCAAGUACUACCAAGAUGCCCUGUUCCUCAAACGUCACGUAAGAUCCACAGCUGGAAUGCGUGUAUUGGAAGAGAGUGUUGGAGCUCUGGGCGCUGAGGGGUUUUUCCUCUUCUCCUCUCUAGACACUGACCAUGACCUCUAUCUCAGUCCUGAGGAAUUCAAACCAAUAGCUGAGAAGCUCACAGGGAUCACAGCUCCAGUGGAUCAGGAGGAGGAUAUCCAUGACCCAAAUGGAGAGACUUUGGUGUUGGAGGCGAGGAUGCAGCCUCUGCUGCUCGACUCCAUGACAAAAAGCAAGGAUGGUUUUCUUGGAGUUUCUCACAGCUCGCUGAGUGGACUCCGCUCUUGGACGAGCCCUGCUGUGCCUUCUUCCUCUUUCUUUGCCAGCCAGUUUAGAGUUUUUCUGCCCCCAAAGAACAAAUUAGAAGUGGGAGACACGUGGUGGGUGAUUCCCAGCGAGCUCAACAUCUUCACCGGAUACCUGCCCAAUAAUCGUUACCAUCCUCCCUCUCCAAAGGGCAAAGAGGUUCUCAUCCAUUCCUUGUUGAGCAUGUUCCACCCUCGGCCCUUCAUCAAAUCACGCUUUGCUCCUCAGGGAACGGUCGCCUGCAUCCGCGCCAGCAGUGACUUUUAUUAUGACAUCGUUUUCAGGAUCCAUGCAGAAUUCCAGCUCAAUGAUGUUCCAAACUUUCCCUUCUGGUUCACCCCAGGUCAGUUCACGGGGAACAUCGUCCUUUCUAAAGACGCUUCUCACGUCCGCCGCUUCCACCUCUAUGUCCCUAAUGAACGGUCUCUGAAUGUGGACAUGGAGUGGCUGUACGGAGCCAGCGAGAGCAGCAACAUGGAGGUGGACAUCGGAUACCUGCCACAGUUAGAACUGCAGUCCACGGGCCCCUCCACUCCCUCCGUCAUCACAGACGAGGAGGGGAACGUUGUUGAUAGUCGGGAUGGCAGCAGCGAGCCGAUCCAAUUCAUCUUUGAAGAAAUAAACUGGAACACAGAGAUCAGUCAGGAAGAAGCUUUUGGACGCGUGGAGGCGACGCUCUACCCCUUUAAGAAGGUGUCUUACUUACCUUUCUCUGAGGCGUUCGAGCGCGCUGAGGCUGAGAAGAAGCUGGUGCAUUCCAUUCUGCUCUGGGGAGCUCUGGACGACCAGUCUUGCUGAGGUUCGGGGCGAACUAUCCGGGAGACGGUCCUGGAAAGUUCGCCCGUCCUGGCUCUGCUCAACCAGAGCUUCAUCAGCAGCUGGUCUCUGGUCAAAGAGCUGGAGAACAUGCAGGCUGACGAGCAGAACCCUGCUCUGAGUGAAAAAGCUCGCUUACAUCUGGAAAAGUACAACUUCCCUGUGGAGAUGAUGGUGGCUCUGCCCAAUGGAACCAUUCUCCACCACAUCAACGCUAACUACUUCCUGGACCAGACAGCUAUGAAACCAGAGGAUGAAGGAGCAACCUUCAGCUUCUCUAGUGGGUUUGAAGACCCCUCUACAUCUACUUACAUCAGCUUCCUAAAGGAGGGACUGGAGAAGGCUAAGGAAAUCAUGGAACAGUAACCUCCGGCUUCAGGAAGUGGCAUCAUUCCUCUGCGCAAAGAUCCAGGAUGAAAACAGUUAUAUGGAGGUUUUCUGAUGCGUGAUGGCAGCCGGGAAAUGUUUUAGCCUUCUGUGAUUUUUGCUAUUAUUUAUUUAAACGUCUCUUUAGGUUUAGAUGACAGUUUUUAACGUUUUCUUAAUCGGCACACGGAGAGCGCUUUUCUUCUUCUGUGUCAUCCUUUGGCACGAGCAGUAUUUAAACGAUCUGAGCAGAAGUUCUCGCUGAGCGAUCUCGGAGGCGGUCUGGGCGCCGUCGUUGCCUCCAGCGGCGCUUCUGCAGUUUGUGAAGACUUCUCCUGAAAGCUCUCUGAGCCGGGUGACGCCUGAUGUCGCUGCGGAAGCUGCUGGGAACAACGCCGUCCUCAACAGCAGGAGAAACUGAUCCAGAUGUCGGCAUAUACGAUGUUUUACGCUCGUAUUCUACUUUUUUCAAGGACUCAAAGAUGUGACCACACCAAAAAACACUGAUGUUAAAAUGUCAGAUAAACUCAUGUGAUUGGUUCCUUUUAGUUUAGCAUUUUAUGAAAAGUGAGUUUUAACUGAAAACAUUCGGCUCUUGUUCUGAUUAAACUUCCAGUUUGCUGAAACAAGAGAAAGUGCUUUUUCUUUUAUUAGUUAUCAUCACCCUUUAUAGCCUGACACAAGAAAUAAUCAGAAAAAUAGCUUUUUAACAUUAACUAAUGGAUAAUUGCAUUCAAAUAAAAUGAUGCUGAAACAAGAACAUUUAUGUGAUCAAUUACAACAGCUUUUUAUGGAAGGUACUAAUCCUGUUACACAGACAAAAUCUACCCAUAAUGCAUCUGGUGUUAAAGAGAUUGGUUUAUUUCUGAUUUACACUAAAGAACUCCGAUAAAAUAAAUGGUUACUGAGAGUUUCCCAUGUCAUGAGAUCUUGUUUAUGAACUUCUCUGGUUUAGAGCUGGGGUGUCCAAACUUAUGCUGUUUAGGCUAAAAAGUACCCACCAGUCACACAAUAGUGAUUUUCUUUAUUAAAAAAUUCUAAAAUACA